ACAAUUCGAAUCCACGAAUCUUUUUAUUUUACAAUUAAUUAGUUUAGUGGUUUGCUGAAUAAUCAACAAAAGUCGCCAACUCGCCAUUCAGAAUCAUACAUACACACAAUUACAUACAGAGAGUAGGUGUAAGCAUCGAUGGCGCUCUCACGGCUACGACAUCCGGUGAUCUCGCGCGCUCCCUCUCUCUUUAAAUCUCGCUAUCUCUCUGCAAUCUCUCCCAAUCUCUCCAGUAGUUCAGGGUUAAAUAGAACGUUUGAUGUGGAUAAAGAUUUUUUCAGGCCUACAGCUCGUUCAGGAUACAAUAUUAUAUCUGAAACUCCACCCCGGAUGAAGUUGCAAAUUGGGUUGAGACACUUUUCAUCUUCAGAGCCUCCAUCACAUCUUGUCAUCGAAAUGCCGGCUUUGUCCCCUACAAUGACGCAAGGUAACAUAGCAAAAUGGCACAAGAAGGAAGGAGAUAAGAUAGAAGUGGGGGAUGUUAUUUGUGAAAUAGAGACAGACAAAGCUACCCUUGAGUUUGAGUGUCUUGAGGAGGGGUUUUUAGCUAAGAUAUUGGUACCUGAAGGUUCAAAGGACAUACCCGUGGGAAAGCCUAUUGCAAUCACGGUUGAAGAUGCAGACGAUAUACAAAAUGUCCCAUCUAAUAUUACUAAUGACUCAGACGUUAAAGAAAAACAACCAGCUCAACAAACUGACGACAGAGUGCAGGAACCCAGCUCUUUGAAUAUUGACGCUGCUAAACUUCCACCUCAUGCUGUUCUUGAAAUGCCAGCAUUAUCCCCAACCAUGAACCAAGGUAACAUUGUCAAGUGGUUGAAAAAGGAAGGGGAUAAGAUAGAGGUCGGUGAUGUGAUUUGUGAGAUAGAGACUGACAAAGCUACUCUUGAACAUGAAUGUCUUGAAGAGGGGUUCCUGGCCAAGAUACUUGCACCUGAAGGUUCUAAAGAUAUUGCAGUUGGACAACCCAUUGCAAUUACAGUGGAGGAUUCAAAUGAUAUUGAGGCUGUCAAGACUUCUGUUACUGGCAAACUUCCAGUGAAGGAGGAAAAAUCAACUCCUCAUGAAGCCAAAACUGAAGUUAAUAAGUCAAAAAGUGGAUUUACUAGGAUUAGUCCAUCUGCAAAGUUGCUAAUAACUGAACAUGGAUUGGAUGCUUCAUCUUUACUAGCAUCAGGUCCUCGUGGUACUUUGCUAAAAGGUGAUGUUUUAGAUGCAAUAAAAUCAGGGAAAGGUUCUGCAGGAGCUUCUUCAACCGUGAAGAAGUCUCCACCUCAAGCUCAGCCACGAUCUUCUUCAUCUGCAUCGGAGAGUGUUGGAACUCGUAAACAGCAGUCAGAUUCUUUCGAAGACCAACCUAAUAGUCAAAUUCGUAAGGUGAUAGCGAAAAGACUUUUGGAAUCAAAACAAAAUACCCCUCACCUAUACUUAUCUUCAGAUGUUAUACUGGAUCCUCUACUUUCCUUUAGGAAGGAGCUCAAAGAGAAAUACGAUGUUAAAGUUUCAGUAAAUGACAUUGUCAUUAAAGCUGUCGCAAUUGCACUGAAGAACGUACCAGAAGCUAAUGCAUUCUGGAGUGAUGAGAAAGGUGAAAUCAUUUUGUGUGAAUCUGUUGAUAUAUCAAUUGCGGUUGCAACUGAGAAGGGAUUGAUGACUCCAAUUGUAAGGAAUGCAGAUCAGAAAUCCAUAAGUGCGAUCUCACUAGAGGUCAAGGAACUUGCGGAAAAGGCACGGACAGGAAAGCUAUUACCAAACGAGUUUCAAGGGGGCACUUUCAGUAUAUCAAAUUUGGGAAUGUUUCCGGUGGACCGCUUUUGUGCAAUCAUUAAUCCCCCACAGGCUGGCAUUCUCGCAGUUGGUAGGGGCAAUCAGAUUGUUGAACCAAUAGUUGGCGCUGAUGGUAUCGAGAAGCCUGGUGUCAUCACAAAAAUGAAUUUGACACUAUCCGCUGAUCACCGAGUUUUUGAUGGAAAAGUAGGAGGUGAUUUUGUCAAAGCUUUAAGUUCAAACUUUAGUGACAUUCGAAGGAUGCUAUUGUAGAAUCAUGAAAGGAUCUCUCUAGUCAAGACACGAAAGUACCUACAGAGCAAGCAUUGUGGUGUACUAUAUUCAAAAAUAUAGACUGACAUUCUCGGAAGGCUACUUUCCUCCGCACUUCUUUGUUGUGUUAUCUGGUUUUACCAGUUUUUCUUUAAUCUAUCGGCUCCAACCUUGCUCGAGGCUUAUAAAGUGCUUAUUAAAACAAUUCAAGUGAUAGCUUACACCAUUUUUUCCGUUUUUUCUUAUUGGCAGUUGCCAUGAAAAUUAUGCUGGCCAGUGUCCAUUUUGUAUAGGAAAUAAAGUGAAGGAUAGCCUGGAAAGAUGUGCAUAGUUUUGAUAAUAAAAUUCAUUGAAUUGGCAACUUUUUGAGCCAUUAAACCAUCAUAUCUAUGGUAGCAAUUUCCAUAAUAAAUUGCACUGGCGUUUAUAUUCA